CGCAUUUAUAUCGCUCAUUUUUCUUUCAGUCGUUCUUUACAACUAUUGUAGACCUGUCGCAAUGCGUGUCGUUAGUACCCUUGGCUCUCUAGUCUUAGGCGCGGGCCUUUGCGCAGCUCGAGCUUGUGCCCCCCAUCCUCGGCCAACAUCAUUCAGCAGCGAAGUCGGCACUACAACGUCAGAGUCCGCAACGGCUACUUCUAGCUUGACUUCUCAUGAAACUCUAAGUGCCACCAAGUCUGAGACAAAAGUUGAAUCCUCUGUAACCAUAUCAACUUCUUCAACCGAGGUCUUGUCGUCUGUCGGCUCCGCCACUACCGGACUUGAAGAAACUACUUCUGGCUUGACAGUCACUGAGACUCAGACCACCGUUGAAUCCGCUGCGGCGCUGGAGACUUCUACAACCGAGGCUUCCACGUUGAUCAGCUCUUUUACCACCAAACUCGCGACAACGACUUAUGUCACUUCCCAAGAGACUGAGACCUCCACAGCUGUCGACGAAGCCACAAGCACCACAAUCGGAGCAACCACAACGACCGCUGAGCUUCCCGUUCAGACUGCCAACCUCGUUCAGAAUGGUGGUUUUGAAGAUUCUUCCAUCGAGCCAUGGGAGGCCUCAGGAGCCACUCCGACUGUCGAAGCAUUAUUUUGCCCCGAGGGGACACAUUGUCUGAGGUUCACUGGAUCCUACGAUGGCAAUACCGCCACAAUAUGCCAGCGCGUCCAAGUUGAGCAGGGCUUUGAAUACACUUUCAAAUCAAAUGUUAAUCAGAACUGUAUCAAAUCCUUUGGUUCAGCCAUACUCUCAUGCGACGACAACAUCAACACGGUUGAACUACUUAUUGAUGGCGUAUUCGACUCUGGAGAUCAAGGAAUUAUCGGAGAUUCUAAUUAUCAUGAGUUCUCAAACACUUUCUCAUAUGUCGGCCCAAGCAUUGACUCGACCGAUCUUUGCAUCAUUUUCAAGGUAAACCAGGGCGUUUAUUACAGCCACUACCUUGAUGGCAUUUCCUUGACCCGUGGGAAAGCCGUGCCUAUCCCUGCUGAAACAGACUAAGGUCUUUCAUGGAGACACUGAACCUUGGUUGAUAUUUCAAGGAUGGAUCAUAUCAAAUAGGUGCGAUUGGUCCGCUUAUUCACUAGUCAGCCAAGCUCCCUUAUUAUAUAAGGCAGCUCGCACCUCCCCUUUUUACUACAAUUCAAGGCUCUUUUGACCCUCUCUUAUGCGCUCCUCUGCUGUGCGUGUCACAGAUCAGUACGCAUCAUGAGAGAUUUGAGGUUGGACGGCAUCACAUUAUGCUUGAUAUUAGUAGAUUACACUUCUUGUCAGUUCUGCUGGCUCUACUAUUUACAGUUACAACAAAUAGAUUUGAUGAUAGAAAUAAAUUUCUUCAAAAGAUGGAAAUCAA